AAUCUAGUGAUCGAACUCAAGAGUGAGUUAUAGGCAGACGAUUUAUAGAGAAAUCCGUUACAAUAUUGAUAGUGAGACAAAAACUAUCGAUAGUCCAUUCGACUGAUUUGCAGCUCUAUUACAGUAUAUAGUAUAACUUAUAAAAUAGGAUAAAUAUUUAAUUGAAUUAGGUUUUAUUUAUUAAAAUGCGUUUGCUGUUGUUCCAGCACAGAUUUUCAAAAUCACUAAAUAUCAUUAAGAAUAGGAAUCAUUUAAUUAAAUGUAAUCCUAGUAGUUUUGUUGGUCGUAAUCUCUGUAAUCACUUUCAUAAUAACAAAACAGUUAUGAAAAACCGUGAUUUCUUUAUAAAAAAAGACAGUGUGCCAUCGGAGUAUGAACUUAUAUACCGGGCACCAAUGGAAACGUAUGUUACAGUUGCAAAGUAUAUAUCUACAAUGGCAGCAGCAAUAAUUUCUUCUGCAACAAUAUACACCGUAACGAAUGAGUAUAAACUUUCAACAGCCAAUUUCGAGUCUAUGGGUUUAGUGUCACAUCCAGAUGACCUUUGGUAUUUUUCGUUGGGAUUUAUUGCUGUGACAAUUGCAAUACGCCUUUUUAUUGCUAGAUAUCCUUUACGAAUUUAUGGUGCGAACGACAAAUACAUUGCUGUGUAUGAACCGCAAUUGCCUUUCCAAUCGUCUAAACAUAAGUUCAACAAAGGAGAUGUGGAAGAAAUUAUGAGUAGGUUUAAUCCAUGGAACAAUUGCACUUAUCGCCUGGGGAACAGAACAUCUUUGUUAUUAAAUCGGUAUUUUCGAACUCCAUCAGAUUACAAUCAAAUGCUAGGAUAUAAUUAAUUAAAUAAUUUAAGUAAGAUGCACAUGUUGUACUAAAACCAUAUUUUCUUCUUCAGUACUUAGAAUAUGAAAAAAUUAUUUUAUUUUUAGAAAUAAAUUCGUUUAUUUUGUUUUUAA